UGAGGACCGGACAUGGGCUCAUCCGGGUCCCGGCCAUAAUGUCAGCCCAGGAGCUUGUGGCCUGCCUCUGCCGGGAGGGGGAGCAGCACCUGGCACUGGGGGAGCCGCCCCUGGCCACCGCCUUCUACCUGGCUGCAUUCAGCUGCCACGCCCCCUCAGCUCUGCAGAGCGUGCGGACUGCCCUGACCCAGGCUGGGGGGGCGGCAGUGGUGGCCACCCUGGAGUCCUGGUGCCGCGGGGACAGCCAGAUCCCCGCCAUCCACUGGGACGGCAUGGCAGUGGUCUCCCUGACAGGGUCACUGGCCUCUGCCUUCCUCAGCGCCCUCUGCCCAGACCACCCCUCUGCUGUCCUGCACCUGCUGGCACGUCUGCUGGCCCGCGGGUGCCAUGAGGAAGUGGCACAGCGCUGCAGCACCCUGCUGGACUCUCACACGCAGCAAAUCCUGGAGCUGCAGCUGACCCGCGCCCUGGCCUGGGUCCUGUCCGGGGUGCAGGCAGCGGAUGGUGUGGCCGCCUAUCUCCAGGCCUUUGCCUCCAGUGCUGACCGGACAGUAGCUUUCAUUCGCACCCACCAGCAGCCCUACCUCCCCCUGCUGCUCAGUGCUCUUCAGGACUACCUCUCGGGGCACCUGGAGGUUGAGCACAGUGCCGGCCAGUGGGACACCGGUGGCCAGCAACUCCUGGCUGCUCUAGACCCCAAGGGCACCCGGAGUGACACCCUGUCACCUGAAGCUCUGCUCCACAGCGGCAGGUAUGAGGACUGCCUGGCAGCAUGCAGCCGGGCCCUCGAAGCCCAUCCCACCGGCAGCGGACCCCAAGGUGAGCGCCGGGCCGCCCUGCUGGUCACCCGCGCGGCCUCGGCCUUCUUCCUGGACGGCCGGGCCCAGGACGUGUUUGGGGACCUGCAGGAGGCCUUCCGCGAGAGCCCCUCUGGGGCGCGGAGGCAGUUCCAGGCCGUGUUCUCCGCCCGGGACCAGGAGCGUGUCCGGGCUCAGGCGCAGGAGGUCGCGGACGUGGGCUUCGCCCGCUUCCAGGAAGCCGUGCGGAACCACCCUGAGUUCCGCGAGAACGCGGGCCGCGAGCUGUUGGCCCCGGUAACCCGCGCGCUCCGCGUCCUGCUUCGUCUGGCACCUACCGGGGCGCGCCCCGCGCUGGGAGCCCGCCUCGCCGAGUGCCUGCUGCUGGCGGGGGACGCGACGCGCGCCCGAGCAAUGUGCGAGCGCCUGCUGCGGCCCGCGCGCCCUGAGGACCCUGCCGGGGACCGUGCGGGGGACCGAGCGGGGGACCGCGCGCCCCUCCUGGCUCUGCGCGGCUUCUGCGCGCUGCACGCCGGGGACUCGCGGCGCGCCCUGGAGGACUUCCAGGCGGUGGUGGAGCAGGGGGCGCCGCACCCGGGGGGCUGUGUGCGCGCGCUGUGCGGCCGGGGGCUGCUGCGGGUGCUGGCGGGCAGCGCGUUCCUGGGCACGCUGGACUAUGUCACCGCCUGCAGGCUGCGGCCCGAGGAGGCGCUUCUGGCCGCCAAGGCCUACGUGCCCUGGAACCAGCGGGGGCUGCUGCUGGCCGUGCUGCGGGAGGAGGCCCGUGGGAUGCUGCAGCGAUCGCCACGCGCCGGGCCGUCGAGAGUGCAGGGCCGGAGGGAGGCCGCGGAGACCGGCGGCCCCACCACGCAGGAGGGGGACGCCUGCGGCGUGCACCAGCUGGCCACACUGCUGAUGGAGCUGGAUCCGGAGGACGAGGCCUCUUGCCUCCUGGCCGCUGACGCCCUGUACCGCCUGGGCCGCCUGGAGGAGACACACAAGGCCCUGCUGGUGGCCCUCUCCCGGAGGCCCCAGGCAGCCCCUGUGCUGGCACGGCUGGCCCUGUUGCAGCUGAGGAGGGGCUUUUUCUAUGAUGCCAACCAGUUGGUGAAGAAGCUGGUCCAGUCCGGUGACACCGCCUGCCUCCAUCCCACCCUGGACGUCUUCUGCCAUGAGGACCGGCAGCUGCUUCAAAGCCACUGCCACGCCAGGGCCCUGGCCAUCCUGCGGGCACGGCCAGGCGGGGCCGACAGCAGGGACCACACCAAGGAGGCCAUCGCCUACCUCUCUCUGGCCAUCUUUGCUGCAGGAAGCCAGGCAAGUGAAUCCCUCCUUGCCCGAGCCCGCUGCUAUGGGUUCCUGGGCCAGAAGAAGACGGCCAUGUUCGACUUCAACGCAGUGCUGCGGGCUGAGCCGGAGAACGUGCAGGCACUGUGUGGACGGGCAUUGGUGCACCUGGCCCUAGACCAGCUGCAGGAAGCCGUAGACGACAUCCUCUCUGCUCUGAAGCUCGCCCCCAGGACCGUGGUCCCUGAGCUCUGCUCUCUGAAGCUGGAAGCCCAGGCUCUCAUCACACAGUGCCUCUACUCCCACUGCCGGGCCCUUCUGAGCCAGCUGCUGGACUCUGGGGCCCCUCUAGAGGACAAGGACACCCAGGGCCUCCUUGCUGUGGGUGAGGCGCUGAUCAAAAUCGAUGCAGGGCAACUGGACUGGCACCUCCUCCUGGUGGACAUUCUCAUGGCACGGGGCAGCUACGAGGAGGCUGGCACCCACCUAGAAAAAGCCCUGCACGCUGCCCCAACGUCAGAGGCAGCCCGGGCCCGGCUGGGCCUGCUCCGGCUCAAGAAUGGAGACGUGCCAGUGGCUGCACGAGACCUGCAGGGCCUGGCCGAGGUGGAUGCCCCGGAUCUCAGGUGCCUGCUGCAUCUCCUGGAGGCCUCAGAGCGGCAGAGCCUUGCCCAGGCUGCAGCCUGGGAAGCCAGCACCCUACUGGACGCAGGGCAACCCAGGCAGGCGCUGGGCUACUGCUCACUGUCUGUCCUGGCCGGUGGCAGCAGUGCCUAUCACCUGCGUCUACGGGCCACCUGCCUGGCCGAGCUGCAGGAGUUUGGCCGGGCCCUCAGGGACCUGGACCAUGUGCUCCAGGAAACUCUGGGGGACAGUGACCUCCCAAAGCGGGCAGAGGACUUCUGCUGUCAGGGUCGCCUGCUGCUGAGCCUGGGAGAUGAGGCAGCAGCCGCAGGGGCCUUUGUCCAGGCCCUGAAGCUAGCACCCACUUUGGCCCAGAACAGCCUGCGUAAGCAGCCAGGCCGGGCCCCCACUGCACACAUGUUCCUCCUUCGCGGGCAGUGCUGCCUGGAAGAGCAGCGUCACACGGAGGCCUGGACAGCAGCUGAGAGUGGCCUCCUGGUGGACCCCGACCACCGUGGCCUGAAGAGACUGAAGGCCAGAAUCCAGAGGGAGGCAUCCUCAGGCUGCUGGCUCCAGUGACUGGGCCCAACCCCCUCCCAGCCCUAAUCACAGGGCCCACCCUAGCACCUGCACCCAAUGUCCAGGCCCAGGAGUGCACCCAGCUCCCCAAAUCGGGGAG